AUGACUUCUAAUAAUAUAGAAGCACUAAAGUUGAUAGGAGGAAUUCAAAAAUUGCUUGAUUUUGAACACUACGAACCAUCUCUUGCAGAGAGAAUCUUAAGACCUAACCUUCAUUCUAUAAUUAAUAAAUAUGAGCGUAAUGCGAAAGAGGCUCAAGACAAAUUGAGUGACUUAGAAUAUUUUAUAGAAAGAUUGAAAGAGGACAAUGAAAAAUUAAACAAAGAUUUAUCACAAUUUCAGAGAAGUAUAAUUCUAAUCGGUAUCACAGGUAGUGGUAAAUCCGCACUUGCCAAUGUAAUUACUGGAACUAAUAAUUUCAAAGAAAGUGAAUACUGUGUUAGUGAAACCAAGGAGGGUAAACUUGAGAAGUUUACUGCAGAUGAUGGAAUAAAGUAUCACAUAAUUGAUACUAUCGGAAUAAAAGACACAGAAUUAUCUACAGAAGAGACAUUAAAAAAAUUAAAAGAAACAGCUCGUCAAAGUAAUUAUAACUUAAAUCAAGUUUUGCUUGUGUUUGGUGGAAGAUUUACCAAAACGGAAACAAAAGUAUUUAACUUGAUAAAAGAGAAAUUAUUUAAGGACAAUGAGGACAUCACCAAGUAUAUUACUUUGGUCAGAACGAGAUUUAUACAUUUUCAAAAUGAAAGUAAAUGUAAAAAUGAUAUUGAUCGUUUAAAAACCCAAAUCGGGAAGGAGAUAGUUGAAUCGUGUGGAGAAGGUAAAAUUAUUCAUUUAGAUAAUCCACCAAUAAACAUCAGCGGCGACGACAGUGAAAUGGUAGAAACUCAAAUUAACCUAAAUAAAAAAAUUCGGGAAUUAUCAAGAAAAAAAAUAUUGGAGCACUUAUUAUUCCAUUGUCAAGAAAAUUUUCAAGACAAAGAUGUUAAAAAUGAUGAAUUGAUUAAAUCAAAUAAUUGUGCUUAG